AUGAGCACUCCUGCUUCGGCCACAGAGAGGCCUCCUGGUCCUCAUAGACAGAAUGUCAAACUCGUCACACAGGAAGAACAGAAGGCGAAUAUCGAAUUAGAGAAACCCUCUCCUGACCAGGAUUCAAACGCGUCCAAAGCACCUACACAUCAACGCCUUGUGCUCACCGACCCCAUUGCCUUCAGAUAUCUGCAAGAAGAUCCUGGCGUACAAGUCAUCGAAAGAAGCCAAGAACUCCAAGGCUAUGAGAUUUACGUUGUUGAACAAUGGGCCACUUCUCGCAUCCAUCCCACCUUUGUCAUCACCACUUUCACAGGUGACCCUCAACAUGUCGCUCAGGUCGGUAUAUUGAGCGUCCCUACAGACGAGUCUGGCUGGUCCCAACGUCUGCGCGUCUACUUCAAAGCCCUGAAUCAGUACCAUGCCCGCCGGAGGGAGACUCCGCUUGGUAUACUGAUGAUUACGAACUUGUCUGGCUUUCCUUCGUCCCUGACUGUCAUUCCCGUACCCGACGGCGAUCUGAAGAAGCAUCGUUUCGACUUCUUUGUUGCCGAGAAUCUCAAGCGUAUGGGCUGUUCUGGGCGUGUCGGUUUGACUCUGUCCGCACCCAACAGUGCUACUGUCGCCAAGUUCCAUCAGCUGUACAAGACGAGUGAUAAGAAUGCCGUCUACACAUCUGUCAUCGAGCUCGUCAAAUUAUGCCAGGCCGCUCUCAACAUCUUCGACAAACUCGAGUUUGACUAUGUGGACGGUCUGCUGUGCGAUGUUACUGAGAAGGCAGCCAAUGAUUGGUGGUUGGAUAUUGGUGCCGAGUUUUAUGGCAUUGAACCGCACGAUGGCAUCCUUGGGCCAACCACAGUCGCUGCCUUGCUUGGCUUGCUGAUGGGUGCUCGCAACCGACUGAGCGCAGUGGGGGCGCCGGUACCAAAAGACCCAUUCGACAUUGAAGGCAUGAAGCGUGGAAUAUCACACCUCCAAAAGCACAAUCGGUUGGAGCGGACUCGGAGACUCGAUCGACACACACUUGACAAACUGCAUAGAAUAUCUGCCAAGGCAGCCAAUGCUGAGGGGUGGUCGGUACCUCGGGCUGUCAAGUCUACUGUAGCAGAGUUGAGCGGAAAGGGCGGCGAAAUGCUUGCAGAGGUUGUCGGUAGACGCGACAAGGCUGGCAUUGCCGAUAUCGAGACGUCGUACAUUGAUCGAUUCGAGCAGCUUGUCUACGGCCAGCGCUGUAAGUGGCUCUGGCACGGAAAGCCUCUCAAGAACCAGUCUGUCGAUCUAAGAGGCCAGAAGCCAGAUAGGCUGACUUUCGGGCGGGUUGAGCGCAGGCAUACACAAGAGCCGGUUGUGACUGCGCGGGCGGUCUCUGACGAGGUCAUGUCACCUACGUUGUCUUCCAGCAGAGAAGGCGAGGAUUCGAUCAAAGAAGAUGCAUAUCUCCAUCGGUCUGUCACGAAACGAGCGACAGGAAUUUUUCACGAGGGAAGAAGAGGCUUCGACAAGUUCAAGGAUGCCGUGCGUGGCCAUCAGCCCAGAGGUUCCAAAGACGAGUCGCCCAUCACACCUGCGGAUCCUUCGAGACAAGACUUCGGAUCCCCUGCUCUAUACCGCAUCAACUCUUCUUCGCCAUCUACCAGCCCCAAGAUUCCUCAAGGUGCAGACGGAAAUCUUGAUCAAGUACUCGAAUCGCGAGAGCAACAAAUCAAAUCCCAGAUUGCUGCACGCCCCGAUCCUCAAUACGCCAACCAUCUCCUCACCAGCCCUGAAGAUACCAACAACAGCAUCUUCCCAGUCGAAGACCCACAGCGCAAGAAAUCCGAAGAACAAGCACGAGACCACCACGACAAAAGCGACAACGAUACAGACAUUGAUAUGGAGGGCCUAGACACAGUCUCCCGCACCCUGAGCGGCGAACCCUCAGUCUCAAUAGCAGGCUCCGACUACCACGGCGUGGAUCUCAAACAAGUGCUCCCUCUACCUCCAGAUCACGCUCAAGAUAUAGGUCCUCUGCUGCGUCGUAUACAUUCCUACAGUGAUUUUGAGAACUUGACAGCUGCAUCACGACCAGAUGACUAUUAUCCUCGUCGCUUGAGCUUUUCAACAGCCGAAGACAGUAUCCUGGCUCCUGUGCCUCUACUCCUCCCCCCGCCAUCUCCAAAUCCAAAUACUGCGUCGUUGCCCGAUCAAUACACACACGAAACAACACUCUCCAGCGACCUCAAAGCCCUACGCGCAGCAAUCGCCAUCUUGGACCGCAAAGAAGCAACAUGGACACGCAACCAACUCCUCUCCACCUCUGCACUGCUCUCAUCCGCCGACGCCGAUCAAGCAGCCCUGGACGCACUCUAUCGCCCUUCGGCGCUAGCCCUCCACAAUAUCAGGGAUGCGACAGAAGUGCUGCUCAUCGACGAACGCGAUGCCCUACACGAAGGCGCCAAGGAGUUGGAAACGCUGGCUCAAAGGUUGGAUUACGAGAUUGAAGGACUCAGAGGCAAGGUUGAGGAUGUAGAGGUCAAUGUGGGCGAUUUUGAACAUGCGGUUGUGGGGAUUGAAGGGAGGAUUGCUGAGUUGGAGGAUGUGGGCCAUGGGAGGGGUGUCAUGGGUUGUGUUGUUUGUUAG